GUAACGCCGGUGACGUCGCGGGACUUCCCGUCAAGGCGAAGUAGCUGUGACUGCAGGCAGCAGGGGAAGCUAACGACGACUCACAAACAUGGCUUUAAACCGCAACCAUUCGCAGAACGGCGGUGUUUUGAUAAACAACGGAGAAAGUGUUUUAAGGGAGUGUAAGAAUGUGGAGCUGUCAUUCAGUGACGUCUCCGGCAAGUCAGAUCUCCUGAAGGGGACCAAGAAGGGCACGAUUUACCUCACACCAUACAGGAUGGUGUUUGUGUCCAGCAAUACCAAGGACUGCAUGGGCUCAGCCAUGUUCCCCUAUUACCUGAUGAAGGGCUGCAGCAUCGAGCAGCCCGUCUUCGCAGCCAACUACAUUAAAGGAACAGUGUCGGCUGAGCCUGGUGGUGGCUGGGAGGGUCAGGCCCACUUCAAGAUGUCAUUCCCCAGCGGUGGAGCCAUCGAGGUGGGACAGCACCUCUUCAAACUGGCCACCAACGCUUCUCGUGCUGCUCCUGCCCAGAAUGGAGCUGCCUCUUACGGCUACCCGUCACCCGGAAUGAUGAACGGCUACGGCCCACCUCCACCUGCUGCCCCCGGCUAUCCCUACCCACCCCCUCCCCAGCAGAACGGAUUCUACCAGGGGCCUCCCCCUGCUGCUGGCAACAUGGGCUACCCCUAUCCAACAGCCGCCGCAGGAAUGUACCCAUCUGGUUUUGACUACAUGGCCCCGCCUCCCCCGUACCCUGGGCCACCCCAGAACUGGGCUGCACCCCCUCAGAACUGGACAGCACCGCCACCACCUCCAGGUAACUCCAAGGCGGCCGAAGCAGCAGGCAACGCUUACUACAACCCCAACAAUCCACACAAUGUCUACAUGCCCAUGGAGCGGCCCCCGCCGUACGCACCUUUUCCAAACUCUCCCGACAAAAAGAACAACUGAGGCUCAGGCGCUGAGCGACACUCCUCUGGCUUCCUCUGUUUCUUCAAUAUAUCCUAAAACAAAGAGUCACGGAUCCCUUCUUGAUUGUAGAAUAUUAGAAAGGAAAGUGCAAGUAAUAGAGGGUAAACUUAAAGGAGGUGAUAUUUUGGCUAGAGCAGCCACAUUGUUUAGAUACUGUUUCCUAAUCACUUUAGGUAAUUUACAAUGAUUGACAACUUGGAAGUCUUGCUUUUCUAAAACUCUCCAUUAUUAUCAUUCUCGGCGAUGCGAUCUGUCAUGUGAGCAGGGGGCGCUGUCCCCGGAGGAGCUGAAGGGAGCGGAGCGGCGAGGAGAAUGUAUUUUUUUAAGACGGAUUUGUUACCAAAACAAUUUUGUAAAGUUUUAUUGACUUGCAGUUCCUGUAGUUAUUAACAAUAGCAGCUUCUACUAUAAACAGUCGAGUGUUUUUGCAGGUGUUUCCUCCGUAGUUUUGCGUUCAGUAGUUGUGUUUUUUUUUUUCCAGACACCGGGUUGAAUAGGGUUCAGUGACAGAAGAUCUGACUGAUUCUCUUUAUACACGACAAGUUAAAGUUUCCCUCAAGUAGCUGCAUCCAUGGUUUGAUCUUACACUCUCUGUUCUGAGGUCAUAAAUCUACAUGAAGCUUGGCUAUCAAAAGGAAUUAUUUGAGAAGUGUGUGUGUGUGGGGGGAGGGAUUUCUUAAAUGUCCAUGUAUGUGCAAUAUUUCAAGCUGACAAUACAAGGUUCUGCGUUGGUUACCUGAGUGACCCCGUGGUCCACUCCGAGCUUCUAUUAUAUUCAUGUAUGCAAAGCCGAGCUGACACCAGAACUCUGCUCUUCCAGUAAUUACACUAGUGUGGGGUUACAGGGCCACGCUGAUUUAUUAAGGGCCCUUCAGUGUGUUGUUUUUUUUUUUUUUCCUGCUGUUGAAACUUCUGAAUGCGAACCAUUUAUUCCUGAUUAGAGCGGGGGCGCGGCGCCGACGGGCCGUGUAAUGGCGCCGCCGCCCCCUCAGCGUGCAUCAGCUAACACCUGUUUGAAGGACUAUUUGCACACAGUCGGACGGAGGGAGGGAGGUUUUGCUUGGUUUAAUCAAAUGUCUGUAUAUUAAUAUUUCUUUUUGCAGUUCUUAUUCCUUUUUUUUCAGAAUCUGUCAAUUAAAAUCUAAUAAAUAUUUCA